UUCAGAUCCAGGUAGCGAGUACAUGAAACCCACUAAACGAGAAUUUUAACCGUUCCCCGAGCGGUUCUCAAAUAUACGCGUUAAAUUUCCGGAAGUCGUUUCAUUUCGUUGCGAAAGCAACAGUUUUUAAAAUUCUCGUUUACCGGAUCGAUUGGAGAUGUCACGAAGAGAUCGAUCAAGAGAUGCAGCACAGGGAAACGGUCUGCAGCAGUCCUGCCCGCUCUGCCACUUGCCAGAUUCCGACGAAAUGGUCAGCUGUGACGACUGUGAGCGUUGGUAUCACUUCGGCUGCGUCGGAGUGAACGAAGAUGUAGCCAAUCAUGAUUGGAGCUGCCAGGAAUGCAUCAAUGCCAGAGUUCCUGCUCCACAAUCGCCGCAUCCGAGAGCUUCCACAGAUGAGCCAUUACCACACCUUCAGUCAGCAUUACCAGCCCCUCGUCAUCCCACGCCACCAACGUCGAUCAUGCCAGUGCCUUCACCACGUCUUCACACUCCACGAACGUCAAAUUUACCACCCACUCCACGCCCACGCACUCCACCAGCUUCGAGUAUGCAACGUGUUGUGCCACCAGUUGCCAGAGAGGUAGCGGUCGAUCCCGAUUUGCUGAACAAGCUUCCUGAUGAGCUUCGUAUCCAGUUGUUAAAAGAAGAAGAAGCCAUCGAGCGAAAGUUUCUGUUACGUAGGUACCAGCUUUUGCUAGAAUCAUCAGUGCAUACAGUUCCAACUGUUCAGGGAACCGACAAUAGAAUAGGUUUAGCGAGUAAUAAUGUUAGAGAUCCUCCUGUUUCUCAUUCGUCACCAAUGAAUGGUCACCGCCGCGAUAUUUUACCGUUUGUUUCAUCUAUGGGGCGAGAGCGUAAUGAGGCAAAUUUCGUUCCACAUUUAAGAGAACAACUAACGUAUAUUCCACCAUCAAUCAAUAAUUGUACUAAUUUCUCGGCGAUUGAUCCUCCUCGAACAAACCAACGGUCGUAUAUUCCGACAUCUAAUCCACCACCAGCCUUUCACCGACCGAAUGCAACGUGCUUUCCGCCGCCUCGUGUCGAUCUGCCUCCGCAUAUUCCGUCAUCCUCUAUACCGAAUAAUUAUAUGCGCCCGAAUGCAUCCGCAUUUGCACCAUAUGCUGGCCCUCCGCGUCAUACUGCUCAAGGAUAUUACCCGUUCGAUUCUCACGACAUUCCCUCCGCCAUAGGAGGAACGGCGCUGCUAAAUAGAACCCAAAUCGCCGCACGUCAUGCAGUCGCUAGGGACUUACCAAUAUUCAGCGGUGAGCCGGAAGAGUGGCCGCUGUUUUUCGCUACGUAUGAGAACACAACGAACCUGUGUGGAUUUUCGCCCGAGGAGAAUAUGGCCCGUCUACAGAAAUGUCUAAGAGGCAAAGCCUUAGAAGCGGUUAAAUGUCAGCUGUUACAUCCAACUAAUGUGGAACAGGUUCUCUCCACCUUGAGAAUGCUUUUCGGUCGUCCUGAAAUUAUUGUUCAUUCGUUACUCCAGAAGAUAAGUGGUAUUCCAGCACCCAAAGCGGAGCGGCUGGCUACACUUGUCGAUUUUGCGCUAGCCGUUCGCAAUAUGGUAGCUACCGUGAAAGCCUGUGAGUUAGAGGAGCAUCUUUGUAAUUUAACUCUUUUGCACAAUCUGGUUGAACGUCUCCCCCCAAUGAUUCGUUUAAACUGGGCGACCCAUCGUCAGUCUCUACAAUUGGUAACGUUAUCCGACUUUAGCGAUUGGUUGUAUAAGUUGGCAGAAGCAGCAAGUAUGGUAACGAUGCCACCGUUCUCGGCACCCAUCGACAACAAAGUUCGCCGUGGAAGGAAGGAUGAUGGAUACUUGAAUGCGCAUAUCGAAUCAGUUCCUAAAUCCAAACAAUAUGAAGUAACAAGAAAUCGAUGUAUCAUCUGCAAUGGUAGUUGUGGGGAUGUAGAAACAUGUAAGCGUUUCCUUUCGAUGAAUUUAUCUGCCCGUUGGGAUGCACUCCGGGAACACAAAUUAUGUCGUAGUUGUCUGGGGAGUCAUCGUGGUCCAUGUAAAACCGGAAAGUCAUGUGGGAAGAAUGGCUGCGAGUACAAGCACCAUCAGCUUAUGCAUAACGAUGCCAAGAAUAAGUCGAUACCAUCAACCUCGUCGCAUUUUAAAGGGAGAACUCAAGUUCCACAAGACGCUGUUGCUGGUCGUUCCCAGGAUACUAAUUCAUGUAACACUCAUCGUGAAGGAUGCGAAGCUGUUAUAUUCCAGUACGUUCCUGUUACGUUGUACAACAACAAUGUCGAGUUGCGCACAUAUGCCUUUUUAGACAGUGGAUCCUCUCUCACACUGAUGGAGGAAGGUUUGGCAAAGGAGCUGAAUUUGGAAGGCGAAAAGCACCCAUUAUGUUUACGCUGGACGGCUGACACUUGUCGGUACGAGAAUAAUGCUAUGCGUGUUUCCUUCGACAUUUCCGGUACGCGCGGUGGAAGUCCCAAAUGCAAUUUGACGGAUGUCUACACCGUUAAGGAACUGAAGCUUCCGUCACAAUCUCUGUCCGUUCACGAGCUCUCCCAAAAGUAUUCUCAUCUUGAUGGGUUGCCGAUAGAAUCCUACAAAAACAUCCAACCUAAGUUACUGAUUGGCAUUAACAAUUUACGUGUUGUACAUUCAUUGGAGAGUCGUGAAGGGGAGUCAAAUGAACCCGUAGCAAUAAAGACACGCCUUGGAUGGACGAUUUAUGGGAUGUGCUCGUUCAAAGAUGGCCAGGUGUCGAAAAUUACUCCAUAUAACUAUCAUAUCUGCUUCCACUCUUAUGAAUCGGAUGAAAUGUUGCACGAGACGGUCAAACAAUUCUUUGCUCUCGACAGUUUGGGAAUAUGCGCCCCACAGAACCACCUUCAUUCCAAGGAGGACGAACGAGCUUUGGAGAAACUGCGUGAUGUUACAACUUUGAAGAACGGGCGCUAUCAAGUGGGCUUGCUCUGGAAAUAUGACAACGUACGAUUACCCAACAACCACUCCAUGGUGUUGAGACGCCAUCGUUGCUUGACGAAAAGAAUGGAACGCGAGCCCGAAUUAGCAGGGACAUUGCGGUCAAAAAUGGCGGACUACGAGCGAAAGGGCUAUAUCCGUAAGCUCACAUCUGAAGAGAGCCGAAGGACCGGAGAUCGGACAUGGUACCUGCCGAUAUUCCCGGUAUUUAAUCCCAACAAACCUGGGAAAGUUCGCAUUGUCUUCGAUGCGGCCGCCUCCUUCGGAGGUGUAUCUCUGAAUUCUGUUCUGAUGAAAGGCCCAGAUCAGCUGAAUGAUCUGCCGCCCGUGCUGUAUAAGUUCCGAGAGCGUUUGAUAGGUCUAGGAGGCGACGUGGCGGAGAUGUUUCAUCAGCUGAGAACAAAUUCUGAAGAUGAAGAUAGUCAGCGUAUCGUGUGGUGUGCCAAUGAACACACAAUGGAGCCAUGCGACUUUGUUAUGCAGGUCGUGACUUUCGGUGCUACGUGCUCACCCAGCACGGCACUGUUCGUGUUAAACGAAAACGCAACUCGGUUUGCCAGCAAGUAUCCCGCCGCCGUCGACGCCAUCCGCCACCGGCACUAUGUUGAUGACAUGCUGACAAGCGUGGACACGGAGGAGCAAGCGAUCAAAUUGGCGAACGAGGUCCGAUACGUCCAUCAGCAGGGCGGAUUUCACAUGAGGAACUGGGUCUCUAAUUCACAGGCCGUGUUGAAAGGCUUAGGCGAGACCUCAAAGCAAGAAAAAUCGAUGGAAAGCGAGCUGAGCUCCGAUCUAGCAUUGGAGAAGGUUCUCGGCAUGUGGUGGAGCACUACGACGGAUGUUUUCCGAUAUAAGCUUUGCGCAGAUCGCAACAGGGAGCUUCUGAACGGAACCAAAAACCCAACCAAACGGGACAUGCUCCGUACGCUGAUGGCCAUCUACGAUCCUUUGGGUUUAAUAGCGCACUAUCUAAUGUACCUAAAGGUUCUCUUACAAGAGGUCUGGAGAGCAAAAACAGGAUGGGACGAUGAAAUCGAAGAAAAGCAGCUUGUAAAAUGGCGUACAUGGUUGCGCAUCUUGCCGGAACUCGAGUCCGUGGAAAUUCCCCGUUGUUACUAUCGGGCAGAGUCAAAUAUUGACGAAGCGAGGAUUGAGCUUCACACGUUCGUCGAUGCUAGUGAGAUUGGGUACGCAGCAGUCUCCUACUUCCGUUUCAGAACGAACGGAAACAUUCACUGUGCGCUCGUCGGAAGCAAGACCCGAGUGGCACCUCUCAAGUUCGUCUCCAUUCCCCGCUUGGAGCUCCAAGCGGCGGUUAUCGGAGCACGCUUGGCUAACAGUAUCAUGGCGGGCCAUUCUAUAAAGAUCGAACGUCGGUAUUUUUGGACAGACGCUCGAGACGUUAUUUGCUGGCUUCAAUCAGAUCACCGGCGGUAUUCAAAUUUCGUAGCAUUUCGCGUGGGGGAAAUCUUGGAAGCGACAGAUAUUUCAGAGUGGAGAUGGCUGGGUACAAAGGUGAACGUGGCCGACGAUGGCACGAAAUGGAAGAAUAAACCGGAUCUUUCGUCAACCAGUCGUUGGUUCAAUGGACCUCCGUUCUUAUGGGAACACGAAGGCGAGUGGCCGAAAUCGUCGCUGAAUGGUAUAGAAACCGUCGAGGAAAUUCGUUCGAGCAUGUUACACCAUACCGUAGGAAGGGUGCGCACCAUUCUACUACCGCAGAAUUUCUCUUCCUGGAACCGUCUGCGACGUGUUACAGCCUUUGUUCAACGUUUCGUCGAUAACAUUCGGUUGAAAAAAGGUGGCCAACAGUCGAAAAUCGGACCACUGACACGAGAGGAACUGUUCGAAGCGGAGGUGCUCCACAUAAAGCGAGCGCAGGAGGAUGGCUUUGCAAACGAACUCGUAAUCCUUGCAGUAGCAGAUCGUCGCCUCGAUAAGAAGAGUAGUCUAUACAAAGUAAAUCCGUUCGUCGACGAACAGGGUGUGAUGCGGAUUCGCAGCCGGUUGGGUGAAUGUGACUUCUUGGAGGAGAACAACAGGUAUCCUAUCGUGCUCCCUCGGGAUCAUCCUGUCACGUUGCUAGUCGUGCAUGAUGUUCACUUACGAUAUCACCAUCAAUGUCACGAAACAUGCGUGAACGAAGUGCGCAAAAGAUUCCACAUUCCACGAGUUCGAGCUGUUUACCAUCGGGUUAGACGGGCGUGCCAGUUUUGUAAGCUGCAGAGCGCCACUCCUGCACCACCGGCGAUGGCUCCUCUUCCGAAGGCUAGGUUGGCUGCAUUUGUACGCCCGUUUUCUUAUGUUGGCGUCGACUUCUUCGGACCAUUCCUUGUAUGCGUUGGUCGUCAUCAUGAAAAAAGACGGGUGGAUCACAGAUUGAAUGAGUACGAAAAUCGGGGCAUGUUACUAGAUGAGCAAACAGUAGCCCGCAAAGAACAUGUGGAGAAUAAGGAGUAA